AUGAAGGCCUCUUCCAUCACCACUGUUGCCACCCUUGCUCUGGCUGGCACCACCUUCGCGGCCAGCGGCUUCCUCGGUUCCUGCUCCGAGUUCGCCCUGACCAACCUCAAUGGCGACAAGGGUCGCUCCAUGAUGCUCCAGGCCAACUGCAAGGUCGACGACAAGAACAAGAACUGGUCCCAGCUGGACCUCAACACCUGCUUCGGCUGGUCUGCUGACUCCUGCGGCUUCACCUACCCGCCUUCCGGCCACUUCACCGAUUCCGUCUCGAAGUGUGACAACAACUACAGUGGUGGCGAUGAGCACUUUGGCGCCAACUUCGGCUGCCGUGGCCCCUGCAGUGGAAGUGGCGAGACCUACAACGUCUUUGCUCUGAACUCCUACGUCGGCAACUCGGGCGGUAAGCUUGUCUGCUAA